AUGGAUGUUAUUCACUUCUUGUUGCUGGUUGCAACUAUAGCAGCCCUCAGGAUUCUCCUAUUUUUUAUCGCCAGAGUUCCCAAACCCUUGAAUGACUUAGUGUGUGUUAUCACUGGGGGAGCUGGGGAAAUUGGCCAAAUUGUGACGAGUAUUUUGCUAGAGAAGGGAGUGAGGAUGGUGAUUUGGGAUAACAAUGAAUCCAACAUUGAGAGAAUGAAACAGAGGAUGUCUUCUGAUAUGAUUUAUUAUUUCAAAGUUGACGUUUCCAACAGUAGUGAGGUUGAAAAAGCAACUGAAGAAGUAGUGGACCAGUUAGGAGGGGUAGAUAUCCUUAUCAAUAACGCAGCUAUUGCAAAUCCGUUUGAUAUAGAGGAAUCGACAGUGGAAGAGCUAAGAACAACAAUGAAUGUAAACCUGAUGGCACAUUUCUGGACGAUAAGGGCUCUUUUACCUCAUCUGAGGAAAUCUAAGAUAUACAAUGGGUUAAAAGGUUCGAUAGUAGGGAUGUCUUCUGUUCUGGGUAAUGUUGGUACGGGAGGUUUACAAACUUACUGCUCCAGUAAAGCCGGUAUUAUUGGUUUGAUGGAGUCACUCUACAUGCAGCACACUGACAUACACUGGUGCAUUAUUACCCCUUUCCUUGUUAAUACUCACCUUUUUAAAGGAAUGAGACACAAGUAUAUGGACUACUUCUAUCCGAUGCUUGAUAAAAAUGAGGUAGCUAAAAAAGUAGUUGAAGGCAUUGAAUUUCAACAAUGUUGCAUUACACUGCCGUGGUUCUGGAAUUAUCUCUUCGUUUUAGUUAAAAACAUAUUUCCUCUGCCGAUGAUGAGAACGAUAGAGAACUGGUUUGACGUGAGAGUUGCAUACAGACAGAUCUACCGCCGUAGUGAGCGACCCAAUCAGUGGAGCAAAUAAUUAAUUAAGUAAAUAAUUAGCUAAUUAUUGGAGUAAAUAAUUAAUUAAUUGAAUAAUUAAUUAAUCAAUUAAGUAAAUAAAGCCUCGCCAACUUGUUCGUGGGAGGUUAUUGUGCAUUCUAGAGAUGACAGAUGCAUGAUUGAAGAAUAAGAUGAUAUUACAGCUGAAAUAGCAUUAUAUGAACGAAAUGGCAGGAUAUUAAUUCAUUCUAACUGUCGAUAAUUGUAAUUAAACAAUUUUUCUCCGAAUUAAAAAAAUGAUGAUCUAUUUUUCCCCGAAAAAAAACUGCGUUGUAAAGGGGGAAUUAUAUAGAGGGGGAAUACUGUAAUAAAUAUUUUGACAAAUUGAAAUUGCCAUUUAUUUUCAGUAUUAUUUGUUUUACAUUUU